AGCGAUGCUUCAGAAGGCGGCCGAACACAUCCGGCAGCUCAAGAGUGACCGACACCAGCAACAGGAGGAAUACGAUCUGCUCAUCCAACAGGUCGAUAGCCUCAACCAAACCAUUGGUGUUAUUCAGAGCCAAAUGCCGGCGACUGGCGUUCCCGUAUCGUCUCAACGCUCGACUCAGACUCAAGAACUCUAUGAGAAUUAUAUUCGCGAAAGAACUUUACAAAACUGGAAGUUCUGGAUCUUUAAUAUCAUAAUGAAAUCGCUUUGGGAGUCGUAUAACCAGACGGUCACCACUUCUAAUAUGGAUGAGAUGUCCAAAACAAUACAUCGUUGGAUCGAACAUAACUGCUGUCUAAUACAAUUGAGAAAAGAUGUGUUGAAUUCUUUACGCUUUCUGAGCACUUCCACAAACAUAUUGACUGAUCCAAAGUCAUUACCAGACGAAGCGAUUUUGGCGGUCACGAAGAAAGAGAAACCAUUACUGGAGUACUCGUCGAACAUCUUCUUUGUAUACAAUUCUCUCCAAACGAGUCAAACACGAGAUAAAGAAUUUGAGAAUUCUGUGGUUAACUCUUUGUCUCAUCCAGCCUUGAGACCAGACAUGGAUGACAGCGCAGCCUUUUCAAGAGGCAGUAGUGUAUUGACGGCCGACACCGACGACUUCAUUGUCGGCGACAGAGUUUGGGUGAACGGCUCUAAACCCGGUUAUAUCCAGUUUAUCGGUGAGACCAAGUUUGCGAAGGGCGAGUGGGCGGGCAUUGUGUUGGACAACUUCGGCGGCAAAAACGAUGGAUCUAUUAAUGGCGUCCGAUAUUUCCAAUGCGAACCCUAUAGAGGAAUAUUCGCGCGUUUGUAUCGUUUGAGUCGUUAUCCGACGGGAAGAGAUGGACAAAGGCUUUACAAUUCCGAUACCGGGAUAUUGAAGACACACAGAUCUACAUCACCCGAUGGAAAGACCACAACCACCCGUUACGCCACAACCGCUCCCAUCCCUCACUACGCUCUGCCAACCAGAGGGCCCGCAAAAGUGAUCACUAAAACCAUUACAACUACACUCGACGGCAACAAUAACUUCAACUAUAACUAUAAAAUCGGCGAUUUGGUGGUCGUGGACACCAAAGACCGGGGUUUCCAGACGGGACGGGUUCGCUACUUCGGCGGCACUUCGUUUGCCAGCGGACAGUGGGUUGGCGUCGAACUCAACGAACCCAAUGGCAAGAAUGACGGCUCAGUCGCUGGAAAGAGUCCUUUAUACUUCACUUGUUCCCCAAAAUAUGGGUUAUUCUCACCCAUUGACAGAGUGGUGAAGGGAGAGCCCACCCGAUCCAUCACUAAAACACGAAUCAUUAAUACGGCUGAGAGGACUGGACCCUGGAAAGUAACCCGGUUCCAAUACUAGGACUUCUUUGGGUUUUGGAUCAUUAGAUCAAAAGGCGAUGCUUAAGAAGUCAUUUAUAUGUUAUAUACGAUAACAUUAUUAUUAUUUUUCUGUUCUGUAUUUUAAUAACACUUUUUAAAAGCAC